GCUCGUCCACUCUGCUCUCUCCAACAGUCUCCAACUCGUCUUGCUCUCGUCCAUGCUUUGACUUUCUCUUUUCGACUUUGCACUCACUUUUAUUCGCAUCUUAUACCCAACCCUUUUCUCGUCUGGCUAAUCCCGACGUCGAUCCCAGUCUUUCGCGUGGCGUCUUCCCUCCCUGUUAUUCCUGGAGAUUUAGGCCCGUCCACAGCAGGCCCACACUGGCCAACGACAUAGUUGGCGAAUCACCAUAGCAGCCAGUGGUCGUCAUACGGUAUACCCGGUAAGCAAACUUCAUACUCGACCCAUGACGCUCAAUUGAUGUACAUAGAGUUACAAUUAACCUCAAACCCGGACCACUUUACCGUACUGCACUGCAUUUAGCAACCUCUCCUUGUUCUGCGACACCGAGGCAGUCAAAGCAUAGCGGUGUCGGCCAGCAUUCAAUCACAGGCAUCAAGCUCAGUUGAUAGCAACUCCUUUGUACCAUAGCCCAAAGAACCCCGCACAGCGCUUCACAAAUGCCGGCAAAGAAACCGCGGCCUCCGACGCUCUCGCUCGAAACAAGCAAGAAGUCCAUUUCAACGACGAUCAUCGAGUUCCAAACUCCCAUUAACCUGGUGCCAGAUCCCAAAGAGGACACGGAUGACCCUCUCUCGUCGCCAUCGUCUUCAGGCUCCAGCUCACCCAUCGACUACCCUCUCAACCCAGAUGUAGACUCUGAUCAAAAUGUGGACGAACUCUCCAGGGAUCUUGCUGUGCUUGAGCAGCUACGCAGGAGCGUUCGCAAGAAUCUCCGUCUCCGACCCAUUCGUUCUGCGUCAUCGACGCAUGCACAUCAAGCAUCGUCGUCUUCGUUCUCCUCAGACUCCCCGCCGAGUGACAGUACUGGCCACCGUUCUCCCACCCCAGAUUCAGCCAUCAGUCCUGACAGUGCCUACUUUACGCCGCUAUCACAAUUUGGUGCCACUCCUCUGAGUGCGCGCUACCUCACGUUUGGCAACCACUCGAGGCAGGUCUCGCUUGAUCACCCACAGCCUUCGUCACGACAAAGUACUAGUACAGUCCCGGUCGGUAUCAGUCCUGCAUUGCUCCUCUCUCGCCUCUCUGCUCCCACACGCCCUCUACUCAUAGACAGCCGCCCGAUCGCGUCGUUCCUCUCGUCACAUCUCCAGCAUACGGUCAAUAUGGCCAUACCUUCACUUAUCCUCAAGCGAUCACGUAAACCUGCAGGCGCGUUUCAUUCAUUGGAUGCAUUACGGCAAUACAUCACGACAGAGGAGGGCACAAAAACAUGGGACGAUCUUAUGCAUAAUGAUGAUUGGGACGGAGAUGUGAUUGUGUACGACGAGCAUAUGGACGUAAAAGACCGCACAAGCACGCAAGCGUCCACAUGGACGUUAAUGGAUGUCGUUGGGCCAUUACUUCAACAUGGCACAGUCGAUUUCCUUGAAGGCGGAUUUUCCUCCGCACGUCGACAUACAUAUCUGUCUCAGUUGAUCGUGUCCAGUUCUAAAGCCGACGAGUCUUCCCAGGAUGAGACGUCCCUAACCGUGCCAUCCAUUCCAUCUGCGCCCAACAGUGGCAGGCGCACGCCAGGCGGACUGAGGCAGCUUGACACGCUUAGCGCCUCAAGGUCUAAGACUUACCCUGAAAUUGAGCAAGCUGCACCUUCACCACAACCUGUUAUGCCCUCCGCUAUGCCUUCAUGGAGUCACCUUGACGAUUAUUCUGCACCGUCACCUCCGCCCUCGUCAACAGUAUUCUCCCGGCCUCAACCGCCACGCAGACCCAGUAUACCGGCUCUGCGCAAACUCGAUACAACAUCUGCGGAAAGACUACAGCUAAAUCUGCCGAAGUUGCAGGUCAAUAAACCUGCAAUGCUUUCUGCGCCGCCAGCGGGGAAGGGCUCACGCUCGCGUUCUCGCUCACCUUCACAUCUCACCCUGGUUCAUUCCAACCAUUCGCCACCAGGGUCAGCACGCCCUCGCCCCUCCGAGCUCCUAUCACCCAAUUCACCUCGACCACCAACGCCGCAUACCCCAUCGACCCCGAUGCCUGCGUCUCCACUUACUGCUCGUCCGGAUACUGAUCAACCGCCAAUGACGGAGGAACCUUUACCUGUCUUUACGAUAUCCACCAUCCUUCCAAAUUUCCUCUAUCUUGGUCCUGAACUGACAACAGAAGAGCAUGUGGAGGAGUUAUUGUCAUUGGGGGUGAAGCGGAUUUUGAAUCUCGCGAUCGAAUGUGACGAUGAUCACGGUCUUCGGUUACGGGAACGUUUUGAGCGAUACGUACGAAUCCCUAUGCGAGAUACUGUGGAGGAGGAUAAUAUUACGCGCGGCGUUCGUGAAGCUUGUGCCAUCUUAGAUGAUGCGCGCCUACAUUCUGCACCGACUUACGUCCACUGUAAGGCUGGAAAAUCACGGUCGGUGACAGCCGUUAUGGCCUACCUCAUCCACGCAAAUCACUGGACCCUUUCACGCGCUUACGCCUUCGUCGUCGGUCGUCGGAAAGGCAUCUCACCCAAUAUCGGCUUCGUUUCCGAGCUCAUGACAUUCGAGGAGCAGGAACUUGGUGGCAAGUCUGUAGGUGUCGUAAAGAUGCCUCCUCCCUCAAGCGAAUCAUCCUCCUCCGAUGCGGAGUCUUCAGAACGACCACAUUCGAACGCCGGAGGUGGUGGUGGGAACAUGGGUGGGAAUUACCAAGUUGCUGUUGGCGGGAGACGGCCGCAACAUUUGAGGGAAAGCCUUCCUCCGGCAUUUACUAGUCAACAUUCGUUCAAUUUGGUUCCUACUGUGGGGGACGUCGCUCAGUUGGGCGAUUCGCAGCAGGAAUUGGAGAUUAAGGAUUCUGAGGGACGGUAUCGUCAUGCGAGACGUGCGCCGGUGGAUGAGGCGACUCUUCAACCUAUGCGGAGAGUUAGCAAGGCGGGUUUGGAGAGUUCUAUGUAUAUCAAUAGUUGAGGAUUUCCCUUUUUUUGUUUAGAUCCGACAGGAGGGUUAUUCGGGUGUCGUUGUUUUGUUUGUUGUGUGUUUGUUAGUUGCAUUUGUUUCGUGCUCUCGACUGGUUUCGUUCAUGCUCAGGUGUAUGUUCAAAUGGAUACCCCCCUCUCUUUCCCUCUCUCCUCGAUACUUUGCAUUUGUCUCUCUGUCUCAAAUCAUUAUUUAUUCUUUCUGUGGGGAUGUUUCUUUUUCUCUUUUUCUUUUCGCUCUUUCGCAUUAUCUCUCUCUUACAUGCUAUGUUCCUUGACCUGUCACACACCGACUGCAUAUGGGACCCAGCUGUCAAUCGUCCAUCCCCGCUACCAUCGUCGGUUUUUAUGGUUGUGGCCUGCACAAAAUUGGGAUGUAGUGAGUAGAUCGCUGGGACGUUCAUGUAUCAACAUCAAUAUAUGCGACACAAGAACAGUCCUCAAGCUUCAUCCAUC